AUGGCAGACAACAAUGAUAUAUCAAAUACCACUCCUACUUCACCUAUUUUCCUUCACAAUCACUCUGUACCAUCCAAACUUUCUGAUGUAUAUUAUCUGUCAUGGAAGCAACAGAUUUUAGCCACCGUUAGAGGCUACGGGCUUGAGGGAUUUCUCAAGGGAGAGUCAGUAGUUCCUCCUAAAAUGAUUCAAGUUGAAGGUUCCUCGCAAAGCACGCUCAACCUUAAGUUUGUGACUUGGCAUCGCCAAGAUCAGUUGUUAUCUGCGUGGAUUAAAUCGUCUCUUUCAGAGAGCACUAUGGUACUUGUUGUUGGCCUAAACUCCAGUCAAGAGACUAUGAAGAAAGAUGUAUUGCCGAUGAGUGUGAACUUGAGCAAGGUAAAGAUAUGUUGUGACUUACUCGGAUCUGCAGGAUGUAAAAUCCCUGAAGAGGACCACAUUCUUCACAUUCUUGGAGGUCUAGGUUCGGAGUAUGAUCCUGUUGUGGUGGUGAUUACAUCCAAACCUGAUCUAAUCUCCUACACUCUGGUGGGCAACCAAGAGAUCAGCCAAGAGGAAGUAGACAGACUUAUGCUAGAGGUGAAUGAGGAAGAAGUGGAUUUAGGGGAGGCAGAGGUGGUCGAGGCAGGUUUGGAGGCAAUCGAUUGA